GUUUUUCUCACGUGAUCAGGAGCCAACGUAUGCAGAAGUCUCUUUCCUCCAGGUACCAGCUCCUUAUCUCCGUGGAGAAAGGCAGACUUGAGACUGAGAGUCAGAGGGGAAGCAACUGCCCUAUAUCGCUGCAGGUUUGCAGGUCUGCGGUUGUGGACACCAAUUCAACCAAGAAAAGGAAAAUCCUGUAAUUGCAGUGCAGGCCAGGAAAAAGAGGAAAAUCUCAACAUGGAACAGUUCUACAAAGAAAAUGAAGGAAAGCCAGAAAACAAGAGAAUGGCAGAAGAUGAAGGAAGUACAGAAGAUGAAGGGAAUCCAGAUGAAGACAAGUCAGACUCAGAAGGGAAGCCUGCGCGCCAAGGAAAGUCCGAGGAUGAGGGAGAGCCAGACGAGCAGGGCCAAGCAAAAGACCAGGGCGAGCCAGACAGUCAGGGGAAGUCGGGAGGGGAGGGCAAGCCCCCAGGGGAGGGGAAGCCCGAGUCCCAGGCCAAGCCAGCCAGUGAGCCCAGGGCAGCCGAAAAGCGCCCUGCUGAAGAUUAUGUGCCCCGGAAAGCAAAACGAAAAACGGACAGGGGGACAGAUGAUUCCCCCAAGGACUCUCAGGAGGACUCACAGGACAGGCACUUGAGCAGUGAGGAGGUGGUGAGAGAUUGUGCAGAUGUGUCAAGGGCUCAGGAGGAGCUCAGGAAAAAGCAGAAAAUGGGAGGUUUUCACUGGAUGCAGAGAGAGGCCCAGGAUGCGUUCGCCCCCAGGGGCCACAGGGGUGUCCGAGGAGUCCGGGGCGGAGGGAGGGGCCAGAAGGAUUUAGAAGAUGCUCCAUAUGUUUAAAGUCUUUGGCCUUUAAUUCUGAUUUCUCUGAUGGGAAAUAUUGCCAGCCUUGCUUUCCCUGGCAGGCAUUUGCCGGGCUAUGUGCUUUAACCUUAUGCUGAUACUGUCCUUUAGGUGUCACUCGUUACCAGCAGACAGUCCUCUGUCUUUUAGUACAGGACUUUCACCCAUGUGCAUGGAAGAGAUGUUCAUGGUACGCUGUAGACAACAAUAAACAGUUUGCAUAACCACA